UGGAGCUCUUCACUGAGAGGCAAUGACGACAUGCGCUGUGAUUGGCUGUUCGCCGUCUCCAAGCAACAGGACGUAAACAACGCCGGGGAGAUCAGCUGACGGUAACCGACAUAAUGAGCGGGGUCUCUGCAGCCAUGGAGGGGGAGGAGACCUCUGGACCUUCGCUGGACUCCGAGGACCAACAAGAGCGAAUCCGAGCGCGAAGACAGCGAAUCGCGGCCAGGAUAGAGGCCAAGAGACGGGAGGCUCUCGGGGAGGACCCCGGCGCCAUCAUGGAACGUAAGGAGACGCCCCGCAGGAGCUACAAGCAGAUGGACGACAGUCGGCAGAGGCUCAACAAGCUGGUGGAUGAUGGUACUCAACUGGUGACCAACAUACAGGUGGCGGCAGAUGGCAGGGAGAGGCACCGGAGGGCAGAGGAAGAGGAGCUGAGGAGGCUGAGAGUUGAGACAAUUGAUAACGAGGCCAGAAGCAGUUCUGAGAAGUUUGAUGAGAUCACAAAGAAAUGGCUGCUGAGCGGGGAGAGGAGGAUCCCGCAGGAACUGUGGUCGGUGCUGAAUACCCAACAACAACAGUGCGGUCAGCUGAUCGAGGACAAGAACCACCUGAUCGGGGCGCUGCAGCAGGAGCUGAAGAGGAAGGACGACCAGUAUGUGAAGGACCUGAAGAAACAGUCAGAGGACAUCAACCUACUGAUCGAGAGGAUGGAGGAGCAGGUCAGGAGUCUGAGCAAGACCUACCGCCAGGAGCUGCUGCAGAUUGAGAAAACAUUCGAACAAGAGCGCAGAGAACUCCUAAAUAAGGAUCAGAAGAAGUGGGAACAGAGUGUGCAGAGAAGGCGUGACAUGGAGCUGGAGAGCCUAAUGAACAGGAUGAGGAGGGUUGAGGAGUACGAGCAGCAGCUGAACCAACUGCGGGUCCAGGACGGGGAGGAAUAUAACAUCAUAAAGAUAAAGCUGGAGACGGAUGUGCAGAUCCUCCAGCAGCAGCUGCAGCAGAUGAAGGCCACGUACCAGCUGAAUCAGGAGAAGCUGGAGUACAACUACCAGGUACUGAAGAAGAGGGACGAGGAGAACACCAUCACCAAGUCCCAGCAGAAGAGGAAGAUCACACGAUUGCAGGACGUCCUGAACAACCUCAAGAUAAAGCUGGAGAAGCAAAUCAAGCAAUACCGAGAGGAGAACCAGGCGCUGAGCGACGACUUGAAGAGGAUCGCAGAGCAGUACAAGGAGCUGCAGAAGAAGCUCAGACAUUUUGCAGCCGUUGAUGCCAAGAAGUUCCACGACAUCUGGGUGAUGAACGAAGAGGAGAUGAAGCAGCUGGUGCAGAAGGCGCUGGAGGUGGAUCGCAUUAUACACGAGCAGCAGCUCGGACUCCCAUGGAAGGCGCCGGACCUGUGGUUCAUGGACAACAUCGGGCCCCUGGUGGUGAAGCCCAAGGAACAGAAGUCAGCCGGCGCCCUGGCACAGGAAGUGAUCAGAGGCUCUGGUGGCAGCCGAAAUAUGGCGACACCUGAUGACCAGGAACACUCCGACCCGUCAUCUCGGCUGUUAUCUCUUGGGACAGUGAAGCAGAUCCUAGAAGUGCUGUGCGAUGAGUCUGGAUUCCUGAUAGAGAAAAAACUGGAGCAGCUGCUGUCCCCGCUGGAGAAGGACGAGCGCUCUCUCAUACAGCUGGACGCCAUAUUCGGGGCUCUGCACAUAGAAGUGGAGGACGACGUCUACAGGCUGGUGGAAUUCUUUCUGAAGCACAAACAGCAGCAGCAAGAGCGACCCCCACAGGAUGAAGAAGAAUCUGAGGGGUCUGAUGAUGCCCAUCUCCAUCCACCCCACUCCACAGACCUCAUCCACCCCAAUGACGUUCUGGGAGCGCUUAGAGCCUUCACCAUGGAGCUCCAUCACCACAGGGAGAAGCCACAUUUGAGACAGUCGGGGCCAGAAGAGCGGGACAGCAGUGAGGAUGCCACCUACUGGAAGGCAGCCGCGCAGGUCAUCCCCCAAUCACGGCUCACCGUCUGGGAAGCCUUGGAAUCUGCCAUGGAGAAAUAUUAUGACGUCCUGACCGGUCGAUCCCAACUGAUCACCGAAACGUUGUCUCUGAGACAACAGAACACGGAACUGAGGAUGAUGUUACAUCAAUACCUCAACUCCCAGAUCAAUGCAGAACUGGAGAUUCCUCCUACACGCACCCUACAGGUGGACACUGCCUGAUACCGAGCUAUGGAUAAUAUAUAGUGAACUCUGACCAAUAAAACUGGAGACAGAACCUC